CAGAGCAUCUUCGUCUUCAUUCUUUCACUUCGCAUCAACCACUUCGUCCUAAAACCCAAAAUCCCUCACUCCUCACUUCUCCGUUCUCCCUCGUAAAACCAAAAACACAAAAAAUGAACUUAACUAAUUCCGAGAAAGCUCCCACAACUUUCCCACCUCCCAAACAACCCCAACCCCAACUAAACCUCCAACAAGCCUUCACCACCUUCCAACACAACUGCUCUUCUCUCUUCAACCAAAUCUCGCACGACACCAGAACCCACCUCCAAUCCACUCUCUCCGACCUCCAAUCCCGCACCAAAUUCCCUUUCUUCGAACGCUCCUCCAAUGGGUCCUCCGGAAAAAAACCGGUUUGGGCUCGAAUUUCCCCAACAAAUAACGCCCCCCAAAUCCCGCGGAAUUCUCGCGUUCGCUGCCCUAGAACAGGAAUGUCCACGGAGGCGAUUGAGGAGCGGUUGGCGGGCGUCCCUGUUUACGCGCUUAGCAACGCCUCCGAGGAAUUCGUGUUGGUCUCCGGAGCUUCUUCUGGGAAGUCUCUUGGGCUGUUUUGUUUCAGGAAAGAGGACGCCGAGGCGCUUCUUGAUCAGAUUGCAAGUAUGGACCCAAGAAUGCAAGAUGGCUCCAAAGUCGUUGCUGUUGCUCUAAAUAAGGUUUUUCAGCUCAAGGUUAAUGGGGUGUCGUUCCGGUUGAUUCCCGAGACUUCUCAAGUGCAGAAUGCGCUUAAGGAGAGAGAGAAGGCUGGUUUUUCUGAUGAUGGCUUCCCUGGUGUUCCGGUUUUCCAGUCAAGGAGCUUGAUUCUAAGGAGCCAAAACAAGAGCUACCGUCCGGCAUUUUUCAGGAAGGAGGAUUUGGAAAAAUCGUUGCUAAGGGCUUCUCGUGAUCAGGGUCGAAUGAACCCUGGCUUCAGGCCAGGGGAGAUUGAGGUUGCUGUUCUCGAGGAUGUAAUAAGGAAGAUGAAGGAAAGUUCUGCCUCAAAGUGGGGCGAUGUUGUUUUCAUUCCUCCUGGAUUCGAUGUCGCAACUGAUCCUACUGAUGAAGACAGCAAAUGAGUAGGCAAUGACAUCUUUCUGUGUUUUUGCACUUUGAGAUCGUACAUACAAAGAUCCGAGUUAGAGAGUAUAUUUCAUGUAGCUAUUUAGCCAACUACAAUGCAUUCACAGUUUUUCAAGCAAUACAAAAAUUUCUUCCCC